AUGAAACCGGGUUCCACCGUGGCGCUGAUUACGCCCUUUUCCGUCGACACGGGCAACAUUGAUUACCAAGGUUUGCGCCAACUCUUGCGGUAUCACGUAGAGGCCGGCACCGACAAUCUCUGUAUCCUCGGCACCACCGGAGAGGCCUCGUCCAUGACCAUGGAAGAGCGGCAGCAGGUCCUGCAAAUUGCCGUGGAGGAAGUCAAGGGCGUCAUGCCCAUACUGGUCGGCACGGGGACCAUCAAUCCGGACAACGUCAAGGCACAAACCUUGCAGGCCAUGGACUUGGGCUGUGACGCCGCUCUCGUAGUCACACCCUACUACGUCAAACCACCACAGCGAUGCCUUGUACAACACAUGGUCACCACCGCCGAUCUCGGACUUCCCGUUGUCAUUUACAACGUUCCCGGACGCACCGGCGUCAACUUUUUGGAUGAAAAUAUCGCCAUUGCUUCCCAACACGAGAACGUCGUCGGGCUCAAGGACGCCACUGGGGAUUUGACCAGGAUCGAGCAAGUCCGUCCUCUCGUGGGGGACGACUUUUUGCUCUACAGUGGUGACGACGGUACGAGCUUGGAAUACCUGCGACGCGGUGGCGACGGGUUCAUUUCCGUUACGGCCAACAUUGCCGCCGCCGCCAUGAAGGAUCUCGUGACGGCCGUCCGGGAACAGCGAAUGGAUGACGCCGACGCCAUUAAUCGAAGACUCGACAUAUUGCACCAAAAACUCUUUCUGGAAAGCAACCCUAUCCCCACCAAAUGGGCCGCCGCGAAGCUGGGACUCGUCGAUUCGGCCUACUGUCGACGUCCCCUGGCGGAAUUCGAUUCGGCACUGCACGCCGAAUUGGAACAAGCCUUACAAGAUGCCGGUAUGUUGUAA